GGAGAGGAAAAGGGAAACAUUUUGACGUAAAAACUGAGAUGUUCUUUGUGUUACUGUAAUAUGAUGUAUUCCCAUUGGCUAAAGUCAAAGCACAUACUUUGUAAUCGGAGGCUAAACAUCGCGAGACUUGCAGGAACGCUUGCGAAACUGGUCAAGCAGACCAGGCCGGGGUUUGGGGUUCGAGAAGUGAAACAUUCUUCCUUAGUUGUUAAUUUUUCGAAAUCUGAAGUCACAGCCUAGAUUCGAUCCAAUUCCUUAAUUGAACAUGUUAUUACUCAGACCUCGUGAAAGUGACAAACUGACUCGUUUUCAUUUUCGUCAAAAAUAAGAUUUCGGGGGGUGCCUUUGACGGCGUGCACAUGCGCAAUUAUGCGCGAGACAACCGUUAGACUCGAUGACGUAUUUCUGCGCAUGAGCUUAGCUAGCUGACGUGAUCGGGGAUUUCUAGUGGACAAGCAGUUUCUGCCCAUCUUCCUACUGUACUGUCUUUGGGCGAAGUGCAUCAUUCUGACGUUUGGCGUUUCCUUUUUGAGAUAGAACCCACCUCUUGAUAGAACCCACCUCUUCCUGUCGGUGUCAGACUAGUAACUUCACCAUAUUUAGUUGGUCAGAGCCCUACAGAGUUGAGCACAGGCAACUGGGAUGAAAAUCUUAGCCAUAUCGACGAAUGCAACCGGGAGUUGACAGCCUAGAAACAGCAAGACUGGCCGCUGUUGGAGAGUGACAUCAGUGGAAACUAGGCGGCACAUCAAAACGGGUGCAAGCUCCCUAUCGACAGCAGACUUUGAGUGAUAAGUAGCUGUCUAUUGUCGGAUGAGAAUUCUAACUAGUAGUCGUAGGUAGCUAGAUGGCUAGCUAGCUAAUUAUCGCCAACUACCAAGCCUUAAACUCGAUAUCUUCUGGACGUAAAACUGGACUGAUCAGAUUUUUAUUCAGCAAACUGAUAAUAAACUAAAGAGCCCAGUGAAUCUGCAAUGAUGAUAUCUUGACAUUGUCUGUUAGCUAUGCUUGUCUCAAUCCAUUUGCUAAUCUAGCAGCUAGCUAGUUUAUCGUCGUCGUUGAGGCUCGAGCAAGUAUCGCCGUGGCAGUGAAUUCCGAUUGGAUACCUUGAUCGACUUGCAGACACCGGGACACGGAAGACCCUCAUCCAAAGGGACUGGAAAAGGGGCCCGUUUGACAGUGCGCAUAGAAGAGAAUUCGGGGAAACCCGUAACUACUCUGUUGCAUCGCCUGUGCGGUGUUGUGAACUACCGAUAAACUAGAUUGAACCAAGGAAGAGUUCCUGACAUUUGACAUCUGUGAUCCGGGGAGUGAACCGGGCAGGGACCUCAUGAAUGGAAAUCGGAACGACAGGAGCCGUUGGAGCCCAGCCCCUGUUCACUGUGCCACGGCGGCCUGGCUAUGGCACCAUGGGAAAGCCCAUCAAGCUGCUGGCCAACUGCUUCCAGGUGGAUAUCCCCAAGAUAGACGUCUACCUCUAUGAGGUGGACAUCAAGCCCGAGAAGUGCCCGCGCCGCGUCAACAGGGAGGUGGUGGACUCCAUGGUGCAGCACUUCAAGGUUACCAUCUUUGGGGAUCGUCGGCCAGUCUACGAUGGGAAGAGGAGCUUGUACACAGCCAACCCGCUGCCUGUGGCAACCGCAGGGGUGGAUCUGGAUGUCACGCUACCGGGUGAAGGGGGCAAGGACCGGCCCUUUAAGGUCUCAAUCAAGUUUGUGUCUCUGGUGAGCUGGCACAUGCUGCACGAGGUGCUAACCGGCCGCAGCGUGCCUGAGCCCCUGGAGCUGGACAAGCCCAUCAGCACCAACCCAGUACACGCUGUGGACGUGGUUCUUCGACACCUGCCCUCCAUGAAGUACACUCCAGUGGGCCGCUCCUUCUUCUCAGCCCCGGAGGGCUACGACCAUCCCCUGGGAGGGGGCAGAGAGGUGUGGUUUGGUUUCCACCAGUCUGUACGCCCCGCCAUGUGGAAGAUGAUGCUCAAUAUUGACGUGUCUGCCACGGCCUUCUACAAAGCCCAGCCAGUGAUCCAGUUCAUGUGUGAGGUCCUGGACAUCCACAACAUAGACGAGCAGCCCCGACCUCUCACAGACUCCCACCGGGUCAAAUUCACCAAAGAAAUCAAAGGUCUGAAGGUGGAGGUCACACACUGUGGCACCAUGCGGAGGAAGUACCGUGUUUGCAAUGUGACCCGUCGGCCCGCCAGCCAUCAAACGUUCCCUCUGCAGCUGGAGAAUGGUCAAACGGUGGAGCGCACGGUGGCCCAGUACUUCAGAGAGAAGUACAGCCUGCAGCUCAAGUAUCCCCACCUGCCCUGCCUCCAGGUGGGGCAGGAGCAGAAGCACACCUACCUGCCCCUGGAGGUGUGUAACAUAGUAGCAGGGCAGCGCUGCAUCAAGAAACUGACAGAUAAUCAGACGUCCACUAUGAUCAAAGCCACGGCUCGCUCUGCACCUGACAGACAGGAGGAGAUCAGCCGACUGGUGCGCAGUGCCAACUACGAGUCUGACCCCUUUGUGCAGGAGUUUCAGUUCAAGGUGCGCGACGAGAUGGCCCACGUGACGGGGCGCGUGCUGCCUGCCCCCAUGCUGCAAUACGGCGGCAGGGUGAGCACAGAGCACUUUAUGAACCGGACAGUGGCCACCCCAAGUCACGGGGUGUGGGACAUGAGGGGCAAACAGUUCCACACGGGAGUGGAGAUCAAGAUGUGGGCCAUCGCAUGUUUUGCCACACAGAGGCAGUGUCGUGAGGAGAUCCUCAAGGGUUUCACAGACCAGCUGCGUAAGAUCUCCAAGGAUGCUGGGAUGCCCAUCCAGGGCCAGCCGUGUUUCUGUAAAUACGCCCAGGGAGCCGACAGUGUGGAGCCCAUGUUCAGGCACCUGAAGAACACCUACUCUGGACUGCAGCUCAUCAUCGUCAUCCUGCCUGGAAAGACCCCAGUCUAUGCGGAGGUGAAGAGGGUGGGAGACACUCUCCUAGGAAUGGCCACUCAGUGUGUCCAGGUGAAGAACGUGGUGAAGACGUCCCCCCAGACCCUCUCCAACCUCUGCCUCAAGAUCAACGUCAAGCUGGGGGGAAUCAACAAUAUCCUGGUGCCCCACCAACGACCCUCAGUAUUCCAGCAGCCAAUCAUCUUCCUGGGGGCGGACGUUACACACCCCCCUGCUGGAGAUGGGAAGAAGCCCUCCAUUGCUGCAGUGGUGGGCAGUAUGGACGCCCACCCCAGCAGGUACUGUGCCACAGUCCGGGUCCAGAGGCCCAGACAGGAGGUGAUCCAGGAUCUGGCCUCUAUGGUCCGAGAGCUGCUGAUCCAGUUCUACAAGUCGACCCGCUACAAGCCCACCAGGAUCAUCUUCUACAGGGACGGAGUGUCAGAGGGCCAGUUCAGACAGGUGUUGUACUACGAGCUGCUGGCCAUCCGCGAGGCCUGCAUUGGCUUAGAGAAGGAGUACCAGCCUGGCAUCACCUACAUCGUGGUCCAGAAACGCCACCACACCCGCCUCUUCUGUGCCGACCGCAACGAAAGGGUUGGACGCAGUGGAAACAUUCCUGCGGGCACCACGGUGGACACGGACAUCACGCACCCGUACGAGUUUGACUUUUACCUCUGCAGUCACGCUGGAAUACAGGGGACCAGUCGGCCAUCCCACUACCAUGUCCUGUGGGACGACAACUGCUUCACGGCCGAUGAGUUCCAGCUGCUCACCUACCAGCUGUGCCACACCUACGUGCGCUGUACCCGCUCCGUCUCCAUCCCCGCGCCAGCCUACUACGCCCACCUGGUGGCCUUCCGUGCCCGUUACCAUCUGGUGGACAAGGAGCACGACAGUGCGGAGGGCAGCCAUGUCUCUGGUCAGAGUAACGGUCGGGACCCCCAGGCUCUGGCCAAGGCGGUGCAGAUUCACCACGACACGCUGAGGACCAUGUACUUCGCCUGAGCACCACCCCACACCACCAUCACCGCACUUAAAGCACACAUACACACACAAGCCCCGCCUGCCAGUCAAGGAGGGUUGCCUCCCCCCACAACCAGUCAAUCCGGACCUGACACUGUGUAGAGGGGGGUGGGGGAAGCCCCCCGCAAUGGACUGAGGAUGCAGACAGACGCUGCUUUAAAACAAGAGAGGAAGAACUUGGCACUAUUAUGCAAUAUUAACCCAGCCAACUGCUUUUCCUGGGCACCCCAACUCCGCCCCCACCCUCCUCCAGUCCCUCCCUCCUUUUCACCGGUCAUGAAGGAGAUCCGUUUUGAUUCCGGAUGUGUAUGGUCAACGUUGCAGAAAUCGUUCCCUUUCGUCAUCAUGCCUUUUAACAUCAGCUCAGUUUUUAACGGCAGCACUUCCUGCCCUUUUUCGUGGUUAGUUCUGUUUUGACAUUUUCUUUCAUCAAAGGUUGAGGAGAGAAGAAGAAAAAAUGAUCAGGAGUGUGAAGGGUGGAUCUCUAUCGGUGCAGACCCAUCACUGCGCACAAGCUUGACACUGGUAUUUUCCUCUCCUUUCCUCUCCAGCUUUUUUUUUUUUAGCCAAUGGUGACUUAUCAAAAGUGUGAGUGUGUCAAUGGACACUGUGUGGUAGGAGACGAACACAAGCUAUUAUUGUGAGCACAGUGCCACCUGGAGUCUAAACGGUGUAAAUGCUCUCUUCAAAAGUUCCAGUCUGUCUGAUGAAUAAGCUAUGAUGCUAAUCAUAUGAUAUCCAACUCGUUAUCAUUUGACUUGAACCAAUAAGUGCUGUGCGUAUACGCUGGCACACAUCAUAGAGGGUAAUACAAUGAUAUCACACCCUAGGUCAGUCCCCUAUGACAUAGGUCUAAUGUGCUGUCACAUCAACUAACUACAUUGCAAUGUGACCCUGUUUUGAAUUUUCUUUCCUGUACAUCGUGUGUUGAUAUUUAAGGUGCUUGUUUCGUUUGGUUUUUUUACCAUUCUUUCCAGUAUUUAUUAGUACGCUCAAGAUAUAGUAAUUUAAUAUGAGACGAGCGUUUUUAAUUCUGCAUUCUAUCUCAUUGCUCUUUCGAUCUAUCCGCUCUCUUGGAUUUUAAUUUGUGGUGGAAGAUCCUAAAUUGAAUGACUGAUCGUGUUGCUUUCUCCUAGUGCAAUAAUCUUUUAGCUGAGGGGAAGGAAGCUUCUUCUAGAAGAUACGGUUUGAAUAUCUGGAAGUCUGUAGCAGUGCGUUACGAGAAUGUAGCAGAACCCAGAUCUCCUAUGUGAACUCUGUUCACAAAAUUGCCACUUUCCCGUUGCUCCUCUUUAUGAAGGUGAGUAGAGGGGUUCAGAGGUCGAAUGGUUAUGCCAGUGAGUGUGUUAUGGGUUAGAAAUCAAGUGCCUGGUUUUGGAAAUGAACAGUUAAAUGGAAAGUUGUAUCGAUGGAUUAUGAUGUGGAGAUCCUAGCCUUUAAAAUGUAUUCAAACAAGGAAGUUAAAGGGCAAAAUUUAGCUGGAGAAAGUUGACUAAGAUACAUUUUGCCUCUAUUUUUUUUUCUUCUUCUUUUUUUUGACAGACAUUACAUCGCAUUGAAAUCCUCAUGAUAGAAAAUAUAUAUAUUCUGUGUGUGUUAGUUUAUCCUAUUGUCUUUGCCUAAUAGCAGCAGUAUUUUAGCAGAUCAAGUCGUGCUGCACUCUCUCUAUCCUCAUCAGACAUGGAUCUAGCUGCUAUAUCUACAUGUACUCAAGGUGACUAAGAAUCGAGGCAUGCCUCAGUCAUGAGCGGCAGGAGAGCUAAGCUGACAUUUCAUUUUUUUUCUUCGCCAUAUAACUGAGCAUCCAAACCAAUAGUAGCUUAGCUGUCUUCUCGAGUCAACAACUCGACGAAUCUUGGAAGUCCGGGAGACUGAGUGAGUGACUUGUGUGGUCGCUGCUUAGCUCCUCUGCUCUGUGACGUGAGGCAUGCCUAGUGUCCAAGAGAGAGACAAUAAUCUGCACUAAAAGAAGUGCGUGUCAGACCGAACACAUGCCUCUGGUGCUAUGGGGGGUGGCCUCCUUGCUGCGCCCCUUUGAGAAUUUGCAGUCUGAGUAGGCCUUUGGGGGGGUACAAAUGUACUGUAGUAAACCUCCCAAUGAGGUAAACGAGAGGGUCUUAUGUGGGGCACUGUAGGGAUUCUUGUCCUAACUGUUAGUGGAAUCAGUUGCCAUUGAGAAUCUCUUGUUUUGACGGUACAAUGAUACGAGGACACAGUUCUCAAGGCAAGGACUGCCCCAAGAGGUGAACGGUAGUGUGGUCCAAUGGUAGAAUCCUGUGUCCCCCUGUAGUUGCAUUUGACAGCCUUCCCAACUCUAGCCUUCCCCUGGCUGGAAGCCAAUGAGUUUGAGCCUUCAUGAUCUUCACUAGUGUCCAAAAAGCCUUUUUAAAAAGCCAGAUUGGAAGAUGUGUAUAUGUACCUUUCACAUUAUUGCAAUGCUCACACCACUUAUUUUUGCUAACAAAAAAAAAUCUAACAUAUGUAGUUAAUCAUCAUAGUAAUAAUAUCAUUAAAGGUAAACGGUAAUAAAAUAUGUAAGAGUUGAUAAUGCAAUAGACUGUUGUUGACUCGUGUCCCGUGGCAAUGUAUAACAUUAAUUUGUUUAUUUUGGCGUGCGUACAUUGGCGGUGAAUGUAUUUCGACAUGUAACGUGUGUCUGGAUUGUUAGACUGUUAUGGAUCGGGAUGUGGUGGACUUGUCUCCUCUGAGUUCCAGAAGUAAGAGGUGCUUCUAUUUCUGGCACUCUUGGCAGCUGUUGUCAGAUCUUCCCUGUUGUCAUAGAAUCCAAAUGGAAUCGUUAGACUGUUUUUAAGAGCAUAACUGUUCUGAUCCAGAUCGUCUUUCUCAGGCGGGAGUUGACGCCUGUAGAGUAGGGGGAGAGCGGGAGAAACCGGAAUGAGAUGGUUACCCUGACUGGUCAUCAUUAACGUUUAGUACCGAUGUGUCUCGCAGGUUUUGAGGUUGAGCCUUGUGGGUUAUGAGGCCCCUAUAGAGCGAGACCUGGCUCGUAACUGUUGCUUUUCUCCACGUGCAACCAGGGGCACUUCUUGUGCUCCGGAAUACAAAGCCGAAAGGCCUCCAGUAAGUCUGCAAUGUGACAGUCUAUAAUCUCAUUUGUUUUCCCCCCACUCUCUCCUGUCUUUUGCCUCCCAUUACCAGAGGACUUACAUUCCAUAGCCAGUCGAUAUGCCAUCGGAUUCCCCUGAGAAGUGGAGAAAAGAUGGAAGACUAGAGGACAGAAGACAUUAAGUAUGUGUUGGUUGGUACAGAGUAGGGCAUUGUAGUUAGAUGGGGGUUUUGUGCACGUGGCUGGUUCUGGUGUGUGUAAAGUGAGAAGUAGGGCUAAGUGCCAUUUGAGGGAGGUGGCGUGUCUGGAUCGGGACAUUGUUUAGCAAGCGACAAGCGUAGCUCUCAUCCAAGCUGACAUUAUGAUGAACGUCAAGGACGACAGAACAUCCAGAUUUUCCUGGGCAAAAGAACACAGGUUUACAUAUAGCAGAUGUGUUCGCCUAACAUCCUUAUAACAUUACAACUCACUAAAUUGUCGUCAGUAACGUUUUUCAGAUGUUUGUUUUGUUUUCAGCAGUUUUUUUCUUUUGUACUUAGUUUAUAGAUAUUUAUGAGCAAGGCCUUUCUAGGUCUAAAACAUCACCCCAGAGUUUCCUAUACUCUAUGGAAAAGUAGCUAUAUGUACAGUAGCUAUGUCUGUGUUCAUUCCAUUUGCCUGUGACGCACAGAUGUACUGGAUUUUGAGUUCUUUCUUUUCGGGGUAGAAGGUAAAUCUAUGGCAGAGUGAUGAAGGCCACAGAAAGUGCCUUUCUUAAUGGUGGUGCUGUGUGCACAGUACACACACACACACACACACCAAGAUUGAUACUGAGGACCCGCAGUCUGUUUGUUAAAGUAUAUGAUUGUGGUUGAGGGUUCACUUAGUGGUGCAUUUUGAGUCUGGACCAAUGGACUCGGUUGGUUGGUACAGUGGAACUUGCAUUGACAAGCGAGGUCACAUUUUAAACCGAUGUGUGUGUGUGUGUGUGACACAGCCUUGCCCACGAAUGACAAACAUAGCACAGCACUUUAUAGACUGCCACUCUCACUCAGACAUAAAGCCAAGAGGUUUUCUAUCUCUGUUCCUCCUCCAAUCCCCGCCUCCCAGGUAAAGUGGUGUAUCGAGGACUUGUUUUAUUAUGUGAAUGAGGAGAUUUUCCUCCUCUGGGAAAGGGAAUUGGAUUACGACGCCAAACAACGGUUGCUAUCGCUACUUAGGUGGUCAUUUUAAAAGCGUGCCUCCAGCUCAUGUGACUUCGCUGAUGAUGACUCUGUUUUGAGUCCGCCUGCAUUUAUAUGGUUUCUCCUUAAGAAUCUGAAACCACCAAUGGUUUUUAAGUGUUCCAGUGUAAGGCGUCCAUAUUAGGAAGUCGGCAGUUGUCUGGCCCAUGGCGUUCUCUCAUCCUAGUGCAAUGCCCUCGCCCUGCUGUGUGUCCGUCUUGUCCUUAAUGGAAGGAUAGUGGGCCCACUUUCAUUGGUGUUUUGGUGCAAGAUUGGGUGUAGAAUAAGACUCCGAGGGUCUUUAUGAGUCAUUUUGGGGUACCGGUCAGUCGGGGGGUGAUACCUUUACAAGAGAUUUAAAAUAAAAUAUGCGCCUCACUUACCUUUGUAUGCUGCAUAUGUUAUACCAUAGAGGAAAAACUGCAAAUAUUGCUUUGGUUAUUACAGUAUAAUGCUUGAUUAAUACCUGAUUAUGAUAUGAUAUUCUUGUAACUAUUUUAGACAGACGUAUAACUGUAAGAUAUUCUUGUUUUAGUUUUUUUUGUCUUAACACUUAUCUGACUUGAGCCGAACAUCUUAUUUUGUUGUCCUAUUUAAAUGUUCUUUUUAAUAUGUAUAUGAAAUGUAUAUUGCAAAAAUAUUUUAUGCUGUAUUUAUUGAGUGUACAAACGAGCGGCCAGCUAGAGUCUCAUUGGCAGCAUGGUGGAGGUGGAGCUAGGGGACGAGGCCUUAAACCACCCCACCCCCCCUCCAUGUUGAAGCCUUAUCCUCUCCAGACACGCAAGCACAGCGACGUGGUGGUGGGCGGACGAAGGGGCACAGUUGAGCAGGGGGACCUGUUUAUUUUUUUUAAUGAGGUAUUAAUUAUGUAGACCCCUGCGUCUAGGAUGUUUAGCUUUCUUGUUUGGCUCCUCGUGAAGGGAAGAGGCCUUCUCAUAUGUCCUCUUACCACCUUCUUGUACUCCCUCUUCCCUCUCUCCCCAGAUCUCUCCUCCCAUCUUGGUGAGGCCACCCCCACAUGUUGCGUCUCAUCUCCUGUAGAGUUAGGGGGAACCUUUACUGAACCACAUAGACUGAGCUGACCACUGACAUCCUCAUCCAGAGCUGCUAAUAUGUUAGCCAUAUAAACUCCCCUGGCCUGGUAAAGUACAGGUGGAUGAGAAUAGAGGAGAAGGAGGGAAUGAUGGUGACUGCUCAGGCAGAGGAUAUUAUGUGUGGCUUCUGUCCUUUCACAUUUCCCUUGUGCCAGAGACUUUUACACAGGACGGAGUGGAGUGUAAAGUCUCAUUCCGCUCAAAUACAAGCCUCCGCCUUAAGUGUGUUCUUACUUCGUUGUUGGGUUUUAUUUACGACUACGGAACACCUGAGUUGAGUACAAAAAAAAUGGCCUAACUCCAAAAUAGCAUUCUCGUGUUUCUUUUCAUACCACUAAUAGUGCUACAGUAGUUGUUGAGCCCCAACGUACAAAGUGUAUGUUUCCCCACGUGUGUGGAUGUAAGAACAAGAGCCCGCGGGUUCUGUGUGCUGACUUGUACGUGUAUAAUGAAUCAAGGUGUUGUAAUAAUUCAUUGCUGUUCUGUUUGCCCACGGUGUCUGUUAGUUGUUCCAACCUCACUCUAGGGUCAGAGGUCAGAGGCAUGGAGCUUGGAAGGGGUCGUCAACCCUGUUCAGAACUUUUUUGAUAGGCUUUUCUACCUAAUACCCAUAGACAAAUCCUUUUUAGACAUGUUGACUCCAUUUAGCUACCUGUUUGGUGUGCAAGCAGACGCUGCUUGCUUUCAGUCUAUUCGCAGUCCAUGUUAAGAUGGUGAAGAAACAUUUGCUCGAGAGAUUAUCGGAUGCUGUUUUCCCCAAUCUUACACUGGUUUGAAGACAGAUCUUGUCAGUGGCCAUGAAUGCUGGACUUUUUAAAGGGUUCCCUAUAUGUUUCAUCGGUAUCUUGAGGUUAUUUUUGUAUUUGAUGUGCGUCAGUUAGGAUUGUGCGCUGUGAUACCAUUUUGAGUCCUGAGGCACCAGCUAAAAUCAAUGGGUGUUUGAUGAUUAGAACAAGGUAGCCACAUGAGUUCCAUGCCUCCAUCUCUCUCCCUUACUACUCUGUAUGUUUCAAACUCUGUUGUACCAACAGUUCUUUUUUAUUUCAGUUUGAAAUGUCUUUUGUUUAAUAAUUCUUUCUUUUAGGCCUUCUGUUUUGCUUUGCUACAAUUUGAAGUGUAUCUUUCACUAAUACUUGUAAUAAAAAGCUUUGCUUUAAAA